AUGAGUCUUGACAUGGACAGUCUCAUUCGAACUCAGAAUGACAUACUUAAUCGCAUCCUGCGAGCUUACGAUAAUCUGAAAAAGAUUGGUACUUCCAAACUUACCCAGGGAAUUGUGGAAGCGCGACUCCAAGCGCUCGAGGCAAACUGGGCGAAAUUUGACAGCAAUCAUGAAAGUCUGCUUACAUUCCCGUCCGAGACUUUGGCCAGUCUGGAUUACACAUCGCAAGACAUUCCUGCUCAGGCCGAAGAGGCUUACCUCCAGCAGAAAGGUAAAUUCUUAGACGUUCAGCGUACACUUCGAGCCAUGGACGUCUCUACGAGUUUUAUGCCCGCGAGCUCUGCCACGACGGCUUCAGCGCCAAGCUCAUCGGCUUCACGUAUUACGCUUCCUCAGAUUCAACUGCCACAGUUCUCCGGGAAGUAUGAAGACUGGCCAGCCUUUCGAGAUCUCUUCCUCUCAAUCAUCGGCUGA